CAUAGCACAAGAAAUAAAAUAAAAAAAUGAUUAAAUUAAAUAAAACAAUGUCAUUUUCAGUUCUCCUCUUUGGACUGCCCACUUCAAGUUGAAGAUAACACGGAAACUAUCAGAAGAACCAACCAAUUUUACAAUAAGAAAAACAACAAAAGUGAAGAAUCAGAGAAACAAAGGGACAAACAUUUUUUUUUUCUUCUGAUAUAUAAGGAGAAAAACAAGGAAAAAAACAGGGGGAAAAACAGAGGAAAACGGGCGGAAAAUGGCAGAGCAAGGAACAAGAUCAAAGCUUUCAGCUCCAACACGUCCAACAAUAACUUUACCACCAAGGCCAGCGAUGGAUGGCUUAUUUUCAAGUGGUUCAGGGCUAAGUCCAGGGCCUAUGACACUGGUUUCGGCUUUUUUCUCUGACCCUGACUCAACAGAUCAUAGGUCUUUUUCUCAGAUUUUAGCUGGAGCCAUGGCUUCACCUGGAGCUAUAUUACCUUACAAUUCAAUGGAUGGUUCAUUUGUAGAAGUGGGUUUUAAAGAUGGAGGUGAAAAAAGUCCUGGGUUUAAGCAAAGUAGACCUUUGAAUUUGGCUGUUGCUAGGUCCCCUUUGUUCACUGUGCCUCCUGGGUUAAGCCCUUCUGGCUUGCUUAAUUCUCCCGGCUUCUUUUGUCUUUCUCCUCAGAGUCCUUUUGGAAUAUCCCACCAGCAAGCAUUGGCACAGGUUACAGCUCAAGCUGCACUAGCCCAAUCUCAAGUGUGUGCACAGACAGAAUAUCAAACUUUGUCAGUUGCAGCUCCUUCAGAGCCAUUGACUCGUCAUCCAUCCUUCAAUCCUGAAGGAACUUCACAGCAGAUGCCUCCUUCAGUCUCUGACCCUCAAAGUUCUGCUAUGGAACACACAGAAGGUUCUCAAUCUGAUAGGAAAAAUCAGCCUUCUGUUGCUGUGGAUAAACCUGCUGAAGAUGGCUACAACUGGCGUAAGUAUGGGCAGAAGCCUAUUAAAGGCUGUGAGUAUCCACGAAGCUACUAUAAAUGUACACAUUUGAAUUGCCCUGUCAAAAAGCAGGUUGAGCGAUCAGCUGAUGGCCAAAUAACUGAAAUUAUAUACAAAGGUCAACACAAUCAUGAAAAGCCUCAACCAAAUAAACAAGCAAAGGGUGUUAGUGAUGGAAAUGCUAAUGCACAGUCUAACCCUGAACUAGGUUCUCAGGGUGUAGCUGGAAAUUUCAACAAAUUAAGUGAAAUCGUACCAGCUCAUUCCAUUCCUGGGAAAAAUCAUGAAUCUACGCAAGCUGCGGAAUUACCUGGAUUAAGUGACAGUGAGGAAGGAUGUGAUGAAGAGAGUAGAGAAGAAAGAGAUGAUGGUGAUGAACCAAAUCCAAAAAGAAGGAAUAGUGCGGGAGAAACUGCAGUAGUCUUGUCACACAAGACAGUCACAGAACCAAAAAUUAUUGUGCAAACAAGAAGUGAAGUUGACCUUUUGGAUGAUGGCUAUAGGUGGCGCAAGUAUGGGCAGAAAGUGGUCAAAGGGAACCCUCAUCCAAGGAGCUAUUACAAAUGCACAAGUGCAGGAUGCAACGUUCGGAAGCAUGUGGAAAGAGCUUCAACCGAUCCCAAAGCUGUCAUAACGACGUACGAGGGAAAACAUAAUCAUGAUGUCCCAGCAGCUAGGAACAGCAGCCACAACACAGUCAACAAUAGUUUACCUCUGCCAAAACCACAAAGGGUGGUGGCUGAGAAGCAUUCUUUACUUAAAGAGACGGAUUUUGGAAACAAUGCCCAGGCACCAGCAGUUUUAAGGCUAAAGGAGGAGCAAAUAAGAGUGUAACUGCCCUGCUAAAACCUGUUAAGUAACAGGAGGUUCGGCUGCUGAUCCCAGCCAACUAACACGGUUAUGAAAUGAAUAAGGCAGAAAGGGUAAAACAAACGUGAUAAAAUCAAAUGAUAAUAGCUGCUGAACUAUAGUUUUAUUAACUAGGAAUGCUUUAUUGACUACCCAGUUUUGUAUAUUGGAAUUCGUAAGUAAUGUUGUAUAUUUGUUUACACUCUAUUGGAGAAGGUUAUAUAUGUUAGGUGUUGUUCAA